UAGGCUUUGUUGACAACGAGGCUGUGGCGUCCGCUCAAGGAAGUGAGCGAAGCUUUGCGUGUACCGGCUUGGAAAUCGGCUUCAAUCCAGCAGAAGUACACGAUGAAGACCCAAAUCUUUCAUUUGUUUUUGCUAUCCAUAUUUGUUUCUGUGUUGUGCAAAGUGAAUCAGGACACUAUAAAUGCAGGGAUAGUGAAUAGCAAGGUUGAAAGGAAGAUAGAUAUCGCAAGCCACUUAGUAAAAAUUGUUGCCACCGUCACCAUAGAAAAUAAGGGAUCAUCGUCCGUGUCAUCGUUUGUAUAUGCAGUGGAUUCAAGUUUGAAGAGCAAAUUAUCGUUUAUUGGUGCUGUGACAAGGGUGGAUGACAACAAAGAAAGGCUCAUUGUAUCUCAAACCACAGUUGCUGGCCAUGAUGGCAAGGCACUUUGGCGUGUGAAGCUAGGCCAGGCCCUUGGUGCUGGCAAGAGUGUGACGGUGGAGGUUGAAACAGUGUUUACUCAUGCCUUGCGGGCCUACCCUGCCUUCAUCACCCAGGCCGAGAAACAGCUGGUUGUACUGGAGGCCAACAUAUUCUUUUACUCCCCCUACAAGACACUGACCCAGACCACCACUGUGGUGACGACCUCAUCCACCACCGAGUCCUACACCAAGAGUCCUAAGCCUGUGUCCCAGAGUGACAAUGUCAUUACAUACGGUCCCUAUGAAGAAAGAGAACCUUUCACAGAGGCUGAACUGAAGGUCCAUGAAGAAAACAAUUCUCCCUUCCUGACCGUCACUAGCAUGGAGCGUAUAAUUGAGGUGUCUCACUGGGGAAACAUUGCAGUGGAGGAACACAUUGACAUGCUCCACUCAGGGGCUGUUCUGAAGGGGCCAUUCUCCCGCUUUGAUUACCAGAGGAAUCAAGAUGGUGUGUCCUCCAUCAAGAGCUUCAAGACAUUUCUGCCAGCAGCUGCCAGAGAUGUCUACUACCGUGACGAGAUUGGCAACAUCUCCACCAGCAAUGUUAGAGAAUCUGAUGAAUUUGUUGAGUUUGAGAUUCGUCCCCGCUUUCCUUUGUUUGGAGGCUGGAAGACUCACUACUACAUCGGCUAUAAUGUUCCUAGCUAUGAGUACCUCUACAAUCAAGGUGACAAGUAUGCCUUGAAGAUGCGUCUGGUUGACCAUGUGUACGAUGACAUGAUUGUGGAUGAACUCACCGUCAGGAUUAUUUUGCCCGAGGGAGCCAAGAAUAUUGACUUGAAGACUCCUUAUGAUGUUAAGAAAGGUAGUGAGGGGCUCCACUUCACAUAUCUGGACACAGUUGGACGUCCUGUCAUUGUGCUCCACAAGAAUCAUCUUGUAGAGCAGCACAUCCAGAACAUGGAGGUACAUUACACCUUCCAGAAGAUGCUGCUGCUUCAGGAGCCCCUGCUGGUGGUCGGGGCAUUCUACUUGCUCUUUCUACUUGUCAUCAUCUAUGUGAGACUGGAUUUCUCCAUCACCAAGGACGAAGCCAAGGAGAGUCGCAUGCGAGUGGCCAGUCUGCUGGAGGAAGUACAGAGUGCCCAGGACAAACGCAGCGCCCUCUACCAGAGCUAUGAUGAUGCCAUCAACAAGUUCAAGAGCAGCAAGGACAGCAGUGCAUUCACCAGUAGCCGCAAGAAGAUUGACAGUGACUACAAGCAGCUGACUCAGCAGAUUCAAACUCUUCAGACACAGUUGAAGAAUGAGGGAUCUGAGGCCUCUGAAAAGGUGGGAGAACUGCAGCGUCUUGACACCCAGUACAAGGAGCAGAUCAAUCUGGCCAUCAGCUUUGCAGAGCGUCUUGUUGCCAGUAAGAUCAGUCGCCAACAGUAUCUGGAUGCUGAGUCUGGAACAUCCUCAAAGAGAGAGGACAUUUACCAGAAAAUGGAAACCUUAAGAGCUAAUCUGUAGAAUCUGGGCGACUGUCAGAUGCAGCUUUUAUUUUCAGUGUUAUUGAAGGUCAUCUUUCAUUUGUUCAACUUACAUUUUGAAAAUGUAUUAUCAACAAUCAUAUUAAGGAUGAAUAAAUUAAUAUUGUAAUAA